CCACCUCCUCCCUGCCCUCCUCCACCCUCCUCCACCCUCCUCCUGCUGUCACCACUCAUCGCUCAUAGCCUUGAGGGGGUGGGGACCCCAGGGCUGGACACACCUCACUGUGGCCCCAGAGCCUAGCUGGUCGGACGGACGCACGGUCGGACGCAGGACCCCGGAGCCCCGAGGUGGGCAGUGUGCCAGGGUCCCUCACAGCCUCCUCAAGUCCCAUCGAGGCUAUGGGCAUCAGGACCACGUUGCCCACAACGGAGCUGGGCUUGUACUCCCUGGUGCUGAGUGGGGCUCUGGCCUAUGCUGGCCGAGGCCUCCUUGAAGCUUCACAAGAUGGGGCCCACAGGAAGGCCUUCCGGGAGUCCGUGCGACCUGGCUGGGAGUACAUUGGCCGGAAGAUGGACGUGGCUGACUUCGAGUGGGUGAUGUGGUUCACCUCCUUCCGCAAUGUCAUCGUCUUCGCCCUCUCUGGACAUGUGCUGUUUGCUAAACUCUGCACAAUGGUUGCCCCCCAGCUCCGCUCCUGGAUGUAUGCUGUGUAUGGGGCUCUGGCUGUGCUGGGCACGAUGGGCCCUUGGUACCUGCUGCUGCUGUUUGGUCACUGUGUCAGUCUCUAUGUGGCCUCACUCUUGGGCCAGCCCUGGCUCUGUCUUGGCCUGGGCCUAGUCAGCCUUGCCUCCUUCAAGCUGGAUCCCCUGAUCUCCUGGCAGAGCGGGUUUGUAACAGGCACUUUUGAUCUUCAAGAGGUGCUGUUUCAUGGGGGCAGCGGUUUCACAGUGCUGCGUUGUACCAGCUUUGCGCUGGAGAGCUGUGCCCACCCUGACCGCCGCUACUCCCUAGCUGACCUGCUCAAGUACAACUUCUACCUGCCUUUCUUCUUCUUCGGGCCCAUCAUGACCUUUGAUCGCUUCCAUGCCCAGAUGAGCCAGGUGGAGCCGGUGAGGCAAGAGGGUGAGCUGUGGCGCAUCCGGGCCCAGGCCGGCCUCAGCGUGGUGACCAUCAUAGCCGUGGACAUCUUCUUCCACUUCUUCUAUAUCCUCACCAUCCCCAGUGACCUCAAGUUUGCCAACCGCCUCCCGGACAGCGCCCUCGCUGGCCUAGCCUACUCAAAUCUGGUGUAUGACUGGGUGAAGGCGGCUGUCCUCUUUGGUGUGGUCAACACUGUGGCACGCCUCGACCACUUGGAUCCACCCCAGCCUCCCAAGUGCAUCACAGCACUCUACGUCUUCGCGGAAACGCACUUUGACCGUGGCAUCAACGACUGGCUUUGCAAGUAUGUGUAUGAUCACAUUGGUGGGGAGCACUCUGAGGUGAUCCCAGAGCUGGGGGCCACUGUGGCCACAUUUGCCAUCACUACUCUGUGGCUUGGACCUUGUGAUAUUGUUUACCUGUGGUCAUUCCUUAACUGCUUUGGCCUCAACUUUGAGCUCUGGGUGCAGAAGCUGGCAGAGUGGGGGCCCCUAGCACAAAUUGAGGCCUCUUUGUCGGAGCAGAUGUCUCGCAGGGUCCGGGCCCUGUUCGGAGCCAUGAACUUCUGGGCCAUCAUCAUGUACAACCUUGUAAGCCUGAACAGCCUUGAAUUCACAGAGCUGGUUGCCAGGCGACUGCUACUCACAGGGUUCCCCCAGACCACUCUGGCUGUCCUAUUUGUCACCUACUGUGGUGUCCAGCUGGUGAAGGAGCGAGAGAGAACCAUGGCACUAGAGGAGGACCAGAAGCAGGACAAAGAGAAGCUGGAGUAGGUGGGAGGAAGAAGGAGGGAAGAAGGAUGGCUCUGCGCAGCUAUUCCCAAGCCCAGGCCCAGGCCUGGCCAGACGGGGCCUGACCCAUAGAAUAAAAGACU